AUGUUCUACGAGGCGGAUAAUCUGGUCAGAAAGGAGCACAAAUACCGCACGAGGAUAUGCGCACGGAGGGUCGAUUGUCGCGAGCAUGUCUCCCAGUCGUGGAGCGCCCAUAAUACCUCGGCGAAACGAAUCGAGCUGGCGGAGCACUUGACAUUAUGCAUGUGCCAGCUCGAUGGACCUGGGUCUGGCCCCACGGAUUGA